AUGGAGUUCGACCCCUUCGCCAACGGCUUCGAUGGCCUCGGAGACGACCCGGCCUUUCCAGGCGGCCAACAACGCUGCUUGCCGACUCUUAUCCCCGGACCUAUGCUCCUCACCCAAGUACAAGACGGUUACAGAGAGCUGCCGGUCGUACCAUGCACUGAGAAAACAGGUGAGCUGCGUCACAACACUGUCCCGCCGCUGAACCCGAAGAAGUGGGGAGACAAAGGCACACUGUCUGCAUUGAAGCGUAUCUUCUUCUUGCAAGGAGAAGUUACUACCGACGACGUGAUCACCAUCUUCGGCGAGCAGCCAACUCAAGUGGCGAAAGAGCUGCUCAUAAGAGAGGUUAAGAAAUUCACUACGACUCUCCAGGACCGUUGCUUCUUAUCUUCCGGUAGCAAAUGGUUCUUGGUUUUCGUUAAGUCGAUCGUCAGUACCGAGACUUACUGUCUCUGGCUGAGGAACUUGCUCCGACUUCGUCCCAAGAAGCUAGCCCAUCGUCCCAACGAGAGCAAUGCAGACCGCCUGCAGAAGGACCAAGAAGCCGCACAUCUACUCCACCAUGUCACAACUCUUCACAAGCGACUUGUCCGGGUUUACGACGAAGAUAUCACCCGCAUCAGCAGGGGAGAUGACCGCACGUGUCUCUUCCGCUUCGGUGAGUCUACGAAAAAUCUCGACGCAGCUCAGUUCAACAUUCUGCUUAUUCCUAAGGUCGCCCGCCUCCGAUCUGAGCAAGACCGCAUCCGGAACUGCUACGCAGGCCUCGAUCUUCCGGCCGUCGACGACCUCAAUCAAAUCACGCCAUAUGAGAGGCCGUAUGGCUAUCUAGCACUUGAGGAGCGUCGUCAGUUCUGGAUCGAUCGAAACAUCAUCAAUACGCGCACGAUUGGUAGCAUGUACCGCGGCUGUCUGGACGGCUUCGAGAUCAAGCAGUCCCCGGCCGAGCCUACGCUAUACCAGUUCUGCGUUCAACGAUUCGCCCACAUCGCCGAAUCGGCAGUCCGGAGUCUUGUGGCACCGAUGAUCGAGCAGGAGGCCUUGGCAGCACACGAGGACCCUCAGAUCCGUGCCAUCAAAAUCGACCAGGGCUCUCAGGCGACCUAG